GGUUUCUCUUUAUUUCCACAUAUAAAAGAAGCGAGUUCGCUGUCCGCGCAGAGCGAUGGGCGCGUAACGAGCAGUUAUUGUAAACACGUUUACAUUCGUGUGCUAUGUUCAAGGCUUGACCGUAAAGUUAGGUAUCAGCAGUUCUUAGUUUAGAAUCAACUUAGCGCUGGAGGCCAGUAAAGCCCUGCAGGACGAGAUGUACCGCGGUCGGCCUCCGCUUAGAGGAGCCUAUCCGCCGCCUUUCGAAGGCCGAGGUCCUUCGAGGCCUUAUUCGGUACCGGGCAUUAGAGACGACCGGAACCGCCCCAGAGCUCCCUACUAUGCUGGAUACCAAGACCACAGUAACCUAGACUCCUAUCGGCGCACCCCCCCGCGCCGGAGGUACCCUUCACCCGGGUCAGGAAGUAACCGAGGAGAGUACUGGUCCGGAGGUGGACCACCGGGAGAGAACUCGCCACCUCCACGAGGACCUAUUACUCUGGACCAUAACCUGGUCAUCACUGUUGGCAACGAGCUGACUGGACCACCCGGCCAAGCCCCCUCCUCAAGCCACCAUGACAGAGACUAUCCUGCUCGAUCUGAGUAUCACUGGGGCCGCAGUCCAGACAAAAGCCCCACCAAGAGCCGACCUCACAGCCGCAGUCAAGACCGGAGCCGAGCCAAAAGCCGCGGCCGGAGCAAGAGCCGCAGUCCAGAGCGGAGCCGGGCCAAAAGCUGCGGCCGGAGCAAGAGCCGCAGUCAAGACCGGAGCCGAGCCAAAAGCCGCGGCCGGAGCAAGAGCCGCAGUCCAGAGCGGAGCCGGGCCAAAAGCCGCGGCCGGAGCAAGAGCCGCAGUCCAGAGCGGAGCCGGGCCAAAAGCCGCGGCCGGAGCAAGAGCCGCAGUCCAGAGCGGAGCCGGGCCAAAAGCCGCGGCCGGAGCAAGAGCCGCAGUCCAGAGCGGAGCCGGGCCAAAAGCCGCGGCCGGAGCAAGAGCCGCAGUCCAGAGCGGAGCCGGGCCAAGAGCCGCAGUCAAGACCGGAGCCGGGCCAAAAGCCGCGGCCGGAGCCGGAGCCGGAGCCGGAGCAAGAGCCGCCCUCACAGCAGGUCCAGGUCUAGAUCCAGGGGACGCAGCAGAGAACGGAGCUACAGGAAAGUUGCAAGUCACACCCGCAGUAACAGCCGCCACACAAGCUGGAGUCACAGCUCAAGCAGCAGCUCGAGUUCAAGCAGCCACAGCAGCAGUAAUAACAAAUCCAAGAAAGAGUUUAAAGAACUCCAGAUGGCGCGACGUAGGAAGGAGCUGGAGGAGAUGUUGAGUCUGCCAACAAAAUCCAUCCUGAAGAAACGCAACGACUCUGAGGACUCGCCAUCAGUCAGGAGCCUGGACUCUCCCAAGGGUCCAGAGGGCUCCAGCAUGUCUCGUGUGGCUGACCAGCUGCUGCAGGCAGUGAAGGGCAUGGAGCCCCACACAGUGGCUGCUAUGCUGUCAGAGCUGAGGUCCGACCCACAAAUGGCUAAUCGCCCUAGUCUUGACAACGAAAUUAAAGAGAUUCUGAACCUUUUGGGGAGCACAGGAGCCAAGGCCUCCCUAAAGACUGUAGAUGAUAUUGAUGAUGAGGAGCGGUACCUAUACGGAGACUCAGAAGAACCCAAACCUCGACCAGUGUCCCAACCGGUCCAGCACCAGGGCCUGGAUGUCUAUGGAGACGUGACGGAGGACACGCUGUAUGGUGACUACCCGCCACCAAACCCUGUAACCACCCAGACCUACGCCGCCCCCCUGGGAGCUGUCCAUCUUCCGGCAGCUCCCAUCAUGGGGCAGGCUGGCAUGCAAUACAUGAGUCGACCCGCCAUUAUCCCUGAGCAGAGCAUCACAGUCCAGGUGUCAAACCCAGCCUUUCCCCCAGGCACUGAGCCGCUAGAGGAGAGCGAGCGUCAGGCACUGGAGGAAUAUGAGAAGAUCCAGGAUCUGCUAAAAACCAUUGGUAUGGACCUGGGUGUGGUUGAGAUUAGUAAAAUGGCUGCCAGGACCAAGGAGCGUCUCCAUGGAAACAAGCCUCCAAAGACACCCACUCGCCGUAGACGGUACUCAUCAGGCAGCUCCAACGGCAGCCGCCGUGACCGCAGGAGGUGCAGCCACAGCUCCAGCAAAAGCAGGAGUCGCAGCCGCGGGCACGGGGGCGUUUGGAGUAGCGAUGAGGACCACAGGAAGUCACCGCCACACAAAUCCCUCAAAAACAGAGCAGUGAAAGAGAUGAAGGCUGAGCAAAGUAAUGCAGCAGAGCCUGCACAAGUACCCAGUACCCCAACCCCUCCCCAAGGGGUGCCCAUACCGACUUACCCCUCAUCACAGGUCCCCUGCAUGAUGACCCCUAACUACCCCCCACCGGGUUACAGCCAGUACGGAAACUACCUGCCCUACGUGCACCAACAGUGGCCACCCAUGUACCCACCUCCCACUAUGGCCCUGCCCCCACAGCCUGCUCUGUCAUACAAACCCCUACCUGAGCUGGAGGUCAAAGGUUCAUUGAGCUCAGUUCAGAAAGACGACAUUCAAAGUUCAAAGCUCAGCAGUUACGAGAGUAGUGUGUCAGAGAAGCGGAACAACGAGAGCCAGAAACAAAAGGUUAUGGAAGAGAGAGAGAAGCUGAAGGAAGAGAGAGACAUCAGGAUGAAGAAGAAGGAAUAUUUGAUGAAGGAGCUUGAGAGACUCAGAAAGCAACAAGGUGAGCUCCUGAGGAAGAAGCGCAGGGAGAAGGACGGCCACAAAGACCCUCUGCUGCAGGAGAUCAGCCUCCUACAAGAAGAGGUCAUGACUCAGAUUGCCAACCUCCGCAAAGAGCACGAGACUGCAGAGAAGAAACGCAGUGAGAUUGAAAAGGUAGCACUCAUCUUGGGCCUGAGCCCGUCGGACCGACCCCACAGGAGCAGCCAGCAGGCAGAUGCUCAGGAAGAUAAGCUGCAGCCUCCACCAGAGAAGAAGAAGCGUGAGCCAGGUCCAAGCCCUGAGACACAGCAGGGAUCCAGCAGCUUCACAAUGAAGGUCUCAGCAGCACAGACAUCAGGAGCAUCACUGGUCCAGCCGCCCCCCACCUCUGUGGCUCCAGAGCCAACUGCAACCUUAGAGCCAUUUGAAUACUAUGACGCUGGAAACCACUGGUGCCGAAACUGUAACGUCACCUCUGGUUCCAUGUUUGAUUUUUUCACACACUUGCACAGCAAAACCCAUCGAAAGACUCUGGACCCAUACAACCGGCCCUGGGCUUCCCCUUCCUCCAAAAUAGACAAGAACAUACCAUCAGAGGAGAGGCUGACGAAACCUUCCAAAGGUUCGGAGUUCCUUUUGCCAGUCAGGGGAUUCUUCUGCCUUCUUUGUAAAGAAUUUUUUGGAGAUGCUAUCUGUGCAGAAGAGCACGUGACUACACAUGCUCACAAUGACAAAUACAAGAAACAAAUGUAUGAGAAUCCACUAUAUGAACAGAGGAGGAACCUGGACCGCCAGGCAGGCUUGGCCUUAGAAACAAGUGGAAAGAAACGCAAACAUGAGAUUGAGGAUAAAGAAAAGGAGGAAAAAGGCAAACAUAAAAAGGAGAAAGAGAAAAAGAAGGAAUCAGAGGCUGCUAAUCAGUUUGAAGGUAAAAGGGAGGAAGUGGAGGAUAAGUCAAAACCAAGUAAAAAAGAGGAUGCUUUUAAACCAGCCAAAGGUCAAGAGGAGAAGAGAGAUUAUUAUAGCAAGAGAGAUGUGGAUGAAAAGUAUAAGUACAGCAAGAAGGAUGACAAAUACCGAUACAACCGAGAUGAAGAGGAGAGUGGUAAAUACAGCAGAAGAGGUGAGGAUGAUCGAUACAGCAGAGAAAACUAUCGAUAUCGCAGGGACUAUCAUGACAAAUGCGACGACCGCCCAAAACAUGGACUAAGAGAUGAUGAGGAGAAGUGUAAAUACAGUAAAUCUUUGGAUUUCAGAUCCAAACAUGACCAAGAUCAAGUUGAAGGGAAAUCUAAGGCAGAGAAGGGAAAUUUAAAAUCUCCUGAGGUUGGGAAACCAGAGGCCAGCAAGCCUGACCUCCCCCCAAAGCCCUACAGCCUGUCAAAGGUUCUUUGUGGACCCAGUCCAGCUAUGAGGGCUAAGCUCCGCAAACAGAGCUUGGAAGCUGGAAAACUGGCAACUGGGACUACAACCACCUCAUUUGGAAAGUUUACUUGGAGGAAGAAGGAGAAUGUUCUGGCAAAAGAGGCAGAGAAAGUUGCAGCUGAAUUCAUCAAAGAUGACGAAGAAGCUGCAAAGCAGCAGCAGUCGGUGGAGGAUUCUUUCGCCAAGUCAAUGGCUGUUGCUAAGGAGAUUGCAGAGAAGCUGGCGGGACAGGACAGUGGGCCUCUGCCCUGCGAAUCCAAUGGCGCUAGGAGGGGAAGGAUUCGACCCAACCUCCCAGCACCUGCUGCUGUACUGAGGAAAACAACUAUGGCGACUAAACCUGCAUCUUUGAAUACCUUUCUCUCAAUUGGACCUGAAAACACCAAGGUACCAGAGCCUCCUCCAAAGGGUGAUCCACUCACAAAAGCUCUAAAUGCUCAGAAGGCAUUACUGGAAACUAAACCUGAACCUUUGGGGGCUACACCUGCACCAGCUGCAUCUAAGCCAGAGCUGUGUGAAGCUGAAUCUCUGCUAGUGCAUUCUGGACCUGCUCCACCUGUAGUUAAAACUGUGCUACCCCUUUGUAAACAUCCCCCAGUUGCACCAAAGCCUACACUGUCUGAGGCUGAACCUGUAGCUUCAGAGGGUAAACCCUCACUGAAAGUAUGUUCUUCUCCUGUAUCAUGUGACAUUAAUCCAGCAUUCUUAUCAUCUGAGGCUAAAGUCACACAAUCAGCAUUGAUAAAGAUUGUCCCUGAUGUAGCAGCUCCUGGUGUCCCAGAGAGUGAGCAGAUUCAUACAGUGUUUGUCAAGCCUCCACCUUUUUUAAAAAUAGGUGAUGGAGGUCAGAAGUCUGACAAACUUAAGAGUAACCUGGCUGCAGCAAAAGCCCAGGAAUUAUUUGGUAUCUUUUACAGCAGCGUUGGUCGGCCAGGACCUUCCUCUAUCACCAAACCAGCAACAAACCAUAAGACCUAUGGGAGUAGCACAAGUCCUCUUCCAGCUGUGCAAACACCAAAACAACAAACUCAGCUCCAACCGCCAACUAAAUUCCAAAUAGAUCCACAGUCAACCACACAGAACAACACACAAGAACUCCAAUCUCUACUGCUAGCUAAGGUCACUAAACCGGACUUCACAGCUUCUACCCCAAGUGCCCCAACCCAGUCCCAGUCCCUGACUGAGGUCCAAAUAUCUGCACAACCAGACUCACACAACAGCUCACCACCAAAUGACAAGUUCCAGUCCCAGCCUCCAUGUAAAGACUGUAAAUUAACACAACCUGAUUCAAAUGAUGGUCCACCAAGUGCCCAAACCCAGUCCCAGCCUGUGACCGAAGUCCCCAAACCAGUAACCAAAAAUUCCCAGCCAAGUAUUCAAACCGAGGAUCAUACUCAAGCUGAUUUUCAUAGCAUUCCACAACUAGACUUCAGCAGUACCCUAACCUGUCCUCAGUCUAGUUCCAAAUCUCAAAUUCUGAUUGCAUCAGUUUGGUCCUUGCAACCUACCCUGAUUCCAACUCCUUUGGCAGCUUCAUCCAAGUCUACUUCACAAACAACCCAACCAAAACAGAUUUCCCCAGCUCACACUGAGCCCCACAACCAGCCUAUGUCUCCUAAAUCUGAAUCCCAAAUCACCUCACAGGCAAUGCAUGCAGAGCAUGAACCAGUAUCUUGUACUCCUCAAAUUUCAGCAGUUCUGCUGUCUGACCUCCAACUGAGCUUAGACACUCAGCACCCUCAACCAGAGCAUCAGCCUGAAAAAGAACCACAACCCAAACCAGGGCCUAAAACUAGAGGAAAGACAACGGCAGCUAAAAAAACUCCUGAAAAAAAAACACCACCUUCCCCCCGUCUGGUUCGCCAAACCAGAUACCAGACCCGGCGUCAGCAGCAGAGUCAGUCUGAGACAGAACUUACUUCAGGAGACUCUGACUCAGUAGCUUCAGAUCAAAAGCACCUGGACAUAUGUGGCCCCAGUUCUGGGUUAUAUCCUGAGUUUGGGGAACCCUGUGAGGAUAAGCAUCAGGCAAUGGAGCUUACCUCUGAAAACCUCAACCUCUCCUCUGAAAUGACCUCCCUGGACUUUGAGUAUGAUUGUAAGUUUGAGUAGACAUUUCCUUGAGUUGAAGGUUUCUGUAAAACCACUUGUGAGAGAAACACUUUAGCUCUGACCAAUUAUGUGUUUGAAACCAUGUCUUUCAUCUGUUAAGUAAAAAUUCAAAAUGAAUGUUUCUGAAGGUAUUGGUCUAAUCUCGGUCCUGGUUUAGUUUUUUUUUUUUACCCUCGAUAGGACUAUAUUUAUCUUCAGGGGAAGUUCUGGUAAUUGUAAAACUAAAAUAAUUGAAACAUGAUGCUAAUGGAGGUUUUCCUAUUUGACAAGAUUUCCUUGAAUGUGAAACUGAUUCUAAGUUCAUAGCUGUGUGGUUGUCACUUGUUUACAGAUCACUGCUCGUUUUCGUGUCCUGAAGAAAACAUACUGUCGGCCUGUUUUCAUCUGAUUCUCCAUUUUAGUUUCUUUAUCCUUUUUGUAAAUCAAUUAGAUGUUUUUUCUAAUGCUUGCAGUUUAACAGGUGACAUGAAACUCAUGGACCAGUAAACACUUCAAAUAAGUUGGAAUGCAGUGUAUUCAUGUUAAAGCCAGAUCAUUGGUUGACUGAUCUGUGGUCAUAGUAGAAAAAAAAUGUUCAUCCUGUAAAAUUUGUUAAAGUUUUAAUAAAAAAAGCUGUGAAAGUUAAUAAA